AUGAACAGACCGUGCUCAAAGGUAAAAAAUCCAUGUAAAAUUUGUUGUGAUGCUGUAACAAAGAAAACAGGAAUACAAUGUCACGGAGCAUGUCAGAGAUGGUCCCAUUACAAAUGCCUGAAUUAUCCACUAGGAAAAAUAGACGACAUUAAAGCUGGUCUAAUAAGAAUCACCUGUCCAUGCCCCGAUUGCAACAACUCUGAUACAAAAAAGAAUGUGUGUAAAACAACAGAAUGCCCAGCAAAAAAGCCUUGCCCCAUGCAGGAUCGAGAAACAAUCAAACCAAUACCAAACUAUCCGCCACUUCUUGAAGACGACAGUACUGAUGUAAGCACCAAUGUAAAAUGUCCGAAGUGUAAAAAAUGUACAUCGCCGGAUAAUAAAGAUUCACACUCAACAUCGCCCAAUUUUACUCCUUCUGAUUCCUUUAUUAAAUAUCGACAGCGUGCGACUUAUCAAAAAAAGACAUCGCCAGCAAUGAAAUCUUACUCAAACUGCGUGAUUACAAAGUCCGCUGAUAGUGGUAUUAAUAUAACUUGCAUACCAAGUCGUGCGGCGUCAUCAGAUUCGAAACUAUCAAAAGGGUGUGAAGUUAAUCAGAAGGAGCUUUGCGAGGCAGUUGAGAACAUGUUAAAGAACCCUUGCAAAAUAUGUUUGGGACCAGUCAAACAGAAGAACGGCCUCCAGUGCCAAGGAAUUUGUCAGUGCUGGGUGCAUUACACUUGCCUUAAUUACACCCCUGGAAAAAUCAAGGAUAUAAAGGCUGGUAUUAUCAAAAUCACCUGUCCCUGCCCUGAUUGCAACACCUCUGUACCGAAGGAAUAUCGUACUGAUGAACCAUUUAGCUGCACCAAUGUUCAAUGUCCUGCAAAUACACCUCCGAAAUGCGAAAACAGGGCCUGCCCAAUAAACCAGAAUAGAGCUCAGCACUCGAGGAAUGUAGGAACCUGUAAUAGCAUGGAUAGAUGUGGCGUCGAAUGUUCUGAUAACAGGCAAGGCGGGCAGCCGAAGUCCAUAUCUGACACCUCUGUUUUCUGCCCCUCUGGAUGCGUGUCCCAAAGGGACAUUCCAGGCGAUAUGGGACGAUGUCCCGAACCAAUGCCGUCAAUGGGUACAUUGGAGCAAAUGUGUAAUACAGUGGGUCAGUUGUCUAAUCAAAUAAAUGACCUCAUGUGCAAGAUGAAGCAGGUGGUUCAGAAUAAAGGAUGCGGCGGACAGAGGACUUGCUCCCAACCCGGCCCUAGGUCGUUAUGCCCUAAGCCCUGUAAUUGUCCAGGAAACCCUGCAAAGCGAUUUUAUUAA